AUGGCGAGUAAGGCGUCUGGAUCAUCCAGUAAGAAGAAAAGUAGUAGUUCUAGCUCUGACGAGCCAAGAGCUCCAAAAUUCAAGCUACCUACAGCUUUCAUUACACGGCCGACCAACAAACAAGAUGAUAGAUCCAUCAGCAACGCCUUGAUGAGCAAGAAAGUUAUGGAGGCACUUGAAAUCUCUAACUCCGGUAUGUGCGUCGUUGGAAGGGUUGGCGAAAACGGCGUUGUGGCGAUCGCGCAGGUUGGAGAUGAAUCCCAACCCGAUAAUGUUGUACAGAUUUCGGAACCGCUAAGAGCCGUGGGGAACCUUAUUCUCGGCGACCGCUUAGAGGUGAAAAAAAUAGUUUCGCAGCCCGAAUACGCUUCAAGCGUUACUAUUGGGUCUCUUCAGGGUGUCGAGAUUCCAUCUGCUGCGGCUAAGAGCAUUGAAAAGUUGCUAGACGAAUGUGGCCUUAUUAUGCCGGGGAUGGCGUUUCCGGAGCGCCAGGUUACUGAGGACUUGAAACUUGAUCUAGUAAUUCUCGAUAUCAAUGACAUGUGUGUCGAAGACCUACCCGAUAUAUCGCAACUUUCACUCGACUCUUCCAGCUCUGGAAACAGCAUUUUUUACCUGUCGCCUCCUGCGAUCUUCCGUAAAGGCUCUAGCAAAGUCAAUUACAGUACAGAAACUGCUCCUUCAACGAAAUACAGCCUGCCUUCGGCGAUGAGUUAUAACAGUGUUGGUGGCCUUCAGAAAGAGAUAGAGUUGCUGAAACGUACCAUCGAGCUGCCGCUGCAUCAGCCAACAUUGUUUGCAGACUUUGGAGUAACACCACCACGAGGAAUACUAUUGCAUGGCCCCCCGGGAACCGGAAAGACAAUGCUUUUAAGGUGCGUUGCAAGCGAAGCAAAUGCUCAUGUGUUGACUAUCAACGGGCCCUCGAUAGUGUCCAAAUACCUGGGUGAAACAGAAGCAGCGCUGAGAGAUAUCUUCAACGAAGCACGUAUUUACCAACCUUCUAUCAUUUUCAUCGAUGAGAUCGACUCCUUAGCUCCAAGUCGAACCAGCGACGACUCUGGUGAAGUCGAAAGCCGCGUGGUUGCCACAUUGCUUACUUUAAUGGACGGAAUGGGCAGUACAGGUCGUGUUGUUGUUGUAGCCGCAACCAAUAGACCUAAUGCUGUCGACAUGGCCUUAAGAAGGCCUGGAAGACUAGAUCAAGAGGUAGAAAUUGGGAUACCUGAUGUUGAAUCUCGGCACGAUAUUCUUUUAAAACAAUUUAGAAAAGUCUCAGAAAAGCGCCACGAGCUCACCUUAGAAGAUAUCCAGGCGAUAGCUUCCAAGACGCAUGGAUAUGUCGGGGCAGACUUGGUUGCACUGUGUCGGGAAGCGGUAAUGAAAACUCUACAACGGGGUGUAUCCCACAGCUUGACCAAGGAUGAAAUGAAGAUAACUAUGAGGGAUGUAGAGGACGCGAUGGCAGAAAUCCGCCCUAGCGCUAUGAGAGAAAUCUUCCUUGAGAUGCCCAAAGUGUAUUGGUCUGAUAUCGGCGGCCAGGAGGAUCUCAAGUUAAAGAUGAAGGAAAUGAUACAGCUUCCUUUGGAAGCACCCGAGUCAUUCUCAAGGCUCAGUGUUUCAGCUCCCAAGGGUGUUUUGUUGUACGGCCCCCCUGGUUGUUCCAAGACGUUAACGGCCAAAGCCUUGGCUACCGAGUCUGGAGUCAACUUCCUUGCAGUGAAAGGCCCCGAGAUUUUCAACAAAUAUGUCGGAGAAUCUGAGCGCGCCAUUAGGGAAGUGUUCAGAAAGGCCAGAGCUGCUGCACCCAGUAUCAUAUUUUUCGAUGAAAUCGAUGCUUUGUCGCCAGACAGAGACUCUGGAGGGUCAACUUCUGCCGCAAACCAUGUUUUAACUUCUCUUUUGAACGAAAUCGACGGUGUCGAAGAACUGAAUGGUGUAGUGAUAGUUGCUGCGACCAACCGCCCCGACGAGAUCGAUGCAGCCCUGCUGCGGCCGGGGAGAUUAGAUCGCCACAUUUACGUGGGUCCUCCAGACUUUGAGGCUAGACUACAGAUAUUGAGAAAGAGCACCAAGGAUUUCCAUUUGAUAGACUCAGACGCCCUCCUUCAGGAGUUUGCUCAAAAGACGGAGGGUUGCUCAGGCGCGGAAGUGGUACUGCUCUGCCAGGAAGCCGGAUUGGCGGCCAUCAUGGAAAACCUCGAUGCAGAAAAGGUUGAUAGAAAACACUUUGAUAAAGCUAUUGCUGGAAUUUCAAGAGGCAUUGACAAGGAAAUGCUAGAGUACUAUGCUGAGUUCCAGUCGCGCAGCGGAAUCUCUGCCUGA